CCUCCGCUGGCCGAGCGCGGCGCCUACCUCCGGCGAGCUUCCUGGGUCGCGCCGCGCCUGCUCCCCUCCUCACCUCUCCCCUCGGCCUGGUGAUGGCGGCGGCGGCGGCGGCCCCCUCAGGCCGGCCCUGGCCGGAGCGGCGCGGCUGCCAUCGCGCACCCGGGCGGAGGCGCCCGCCGCGAGCCCACCCGCUCCCGGGUGCGUAGAAGGGAAGGGCGCCGGGCCUCCGCUCCCGCGACCCCUCCUCGGCGUCCCCGGGUCCGGUCCCCGCGUGCCUGGGAGCCGGAGGGGGUGCACGCCCACCUACCCGAGAUGCUUCCCAGGGCGCCGGCUGUAACUGGCACCCAGACCUCAUGGAAAUGCCGGCGAGGCCGACUCGUCCCCGCUGUCGCGCCUGAAUCUAAACCGGCUCCUUGGAGAGCCCGCGGCCUCUCAGCGCUCCUCCUCUAGGGCAGUGAAUGGACGGGGCUCGUAACCGCUGACUUUCCUUUAGAAAAGCCGGCACUCCACAUCCCAAAGUUAAGAAAAGUUGGUGUUAAGAAAAGCCAUUCUGGAAAACUGGCUAACCAGUUUCGAGAACGUCCUGGAUCUUAAGAAAUGAGUUGCGACAUGAUGAAUUAGAGGAGGGAAGUCUUGCUACAAGAUGUGGGCGCUUGUUUUAAAGCGCUGGCCUUAAACCCAUUGUACUCGUCAGGGAGGACGAGGCAGAAAACUGGACGGCAGGGGGUUCGGUUCAGCUCCGGGAACCGUGUAGGCACAAGAAGACUUAGUAAAUCCUGCGAAAAGUGGCGAGAACUCGAUAAAGAAGCUUUGGGAGCCACAAGGGAAAGCCAACUUUUAAAGAAACUUCAAGCCCCCGGAACUGGUGUGUGGGAAAGAUUUAAACGCGGAACGUAAUUUCCUCGGGUGCAGUUUUCCCACCGGACCCCGGGUCGAAGCCAGGCUUCCGUGCUGCGCAGGCGCAGUGCCACUUAACAAAGCAUGGAAGUGGCGUUUCCCGCGUGUGCGGCGGCGGCGGCUGUGAUCUUGACCUGGGUCUUCUUCUGGGGUUGGAACUUCUCGGAACGAAUGAAGAGUCGGGAGCAGGCAGGCCUCCUGGGAGCCGGGAGCCGGACCCUCCUGGUGAUCGCGCACCCGGACGACGAAGCCAUGUUCUUUGCUCCCACGGUGCUGGGCUUGGCCCGCCUGAGGCACCAGGUGUCCCUCCUCUGCUUCUCCGCAGGAAAUUACUACAAUCAAGGAGAGAUUCGUAAGAAAGAACUUUUGCAGAGCUGUGAUGUUUUGGGAAUUCCACCUUCCAGUGUAACAAUUAUUGACAACAGGUGUUUCCCAGAUGACCCAAGUGUGCAGUGGGACACAGGGCAUGUGGCCAGCACCCUCCUCCAGCACAUAGGAGCCAAUGGAAUCAACCUGGUGGUGACUUUCGACGCCGGGGGAGUGAGUGGCCACGUCAACCACGUCGCUCUCUACGCGGCCGCCAGGAGCCUGCACGCAGGAGGGAAGUUACCUGAAGGCUGCUCCGUGCUGACCCUGCAGUCCGUGGGCCUGGCCCGCAAGUACCUCUGGCCCCUGGACCUGCCUGUGUCUCUGCUCCACGCCCCGGAUGUCCUGUUUGUGCUCACCAGCGAAGAAGUGACACGGGCCAAGAUCACACAAAAGUUGGGAAGAAAAGGAAGGACAUCAACCAGCCUACAUCAAAAUUGGGGCUGAGGAAGGACAAAGAAGCUGCCUAACAAAACUGGGGGCCAGAGCAGGCUGCAGGCGCCAGCCCCCGUCCCGGCCUGGGUGGCCGCGGCCACCAACAAAGGCACGGAGGCCUCACUCCUUGGACAUGUUCUUGAUGGUCUUGUGCUCCUUCAUGGCCUUCUCCCAGUCACUGCCGUUGAACUCCUCGGUGACCACACUCCGCACGGUGCCCUCAUCCAGGCAGUGGGGGGCGAUUCCUGGAGAAAGGGGGUCCCCGGUGCGGGUGAGGCCAGGCGAACACCCCCCACUGCACCUCAGGCUUCCUGCGCAACCACCGGAGCCCACGGCCUAGACCAGACCGACAGCUCAGGCUGGACAGACAUCCGCCCACACGGAGCUGAGGCUACGGAACGAAGACGGGGUCAAGGUGAGGGAGAUGCCAAAUGGCAGCCUUGGGGGUCACAGGGGAAGGACAGAUUCAACUUUCCAAGGUAGUUUUACCUCCCCGUCUGUACAGGAUCUUAAACUCUGCAAAACCCUCUCCUGGCCCACCGGGCAGGCAGCAAAGCCUCCGUGCACCAGCCUGGGAGCUGCUCAGGAAGUGGGCGCUGGGUCAGGGGCUGCCCCACUGCCCGCCAUGCUCCGCAGGCUGUGACGGGGUCGAGAUCCCUCACAAACAUCUUCCACACUAAUUUCCACCCCACCCACACAGUGACUGGGAUUUUGGAACACCCACCAGGCGUUCUGGGGGCUUUAUCUCCUGCAGCUCCAAGCAGGACUGGGAAGGAGCUCAUGGGGUCUCCCGGGUGUCUUCUGAACAAGCCUCAUUUUCUAGGAACGCAUUCUCAUUGCCCCUCACCUUUGCCUCCCUCGCUCCCCCAGCCCUGCAGGCCCAGCCCCCCAGCCCCCUGCAGCUCUGGGGGUACCAGCGACCGAGCCUCGGGACUUGGCUGUUCUGGGAAGCUGACCUGACCAUGUUAGGAUUUGGCCAGAGCCAGCCUCACACGCUGUCAUCUGCAAAGAGGAACCUCCUUCCCAAACACGCAAGGGGAAGUGCCCAGCAGAGCCCAAAGCCCCGGGCACCCCAUACUCCUCAGCUCCCAUCCGUCCCACCGGCAUUUUCCAGCUCCCAACAGCCCCCAGGCCCUGCCAUUGCCUGCACUCACCGUAGCCUCCGGGGUUAGAGCGGGGUGUGUAGAAGCUCUGAACCCCGCAUUUCUUGCAGAAGGUGUGCUGGGCUUUGUGCGUGUUGAACGUGUAUGUGGUUAUGUUCUCAGCUCCCUGAGGGGAAACAAAUGGGGAAACAAAGUUUUUUUAUAAGUUAUUAAACAAAAACAAAACCCUCAUCUUUUUCAGAGCAUUAAUUUCGGGGAGCCACCCUCCAUUUGUGGGGCUCUGGGGUCUUAUGUCCCACAAAAUACUGAAAGCUGCUUGGGGACCGGGGCCCCUCCACGCUGCCAAGACAAGCUCGUUUUGAGCCUGACAGCUCGCGACUUCCCCUGGGUCAGUGCACACCGGACAGCGCAGCCCCACGUGUCCUCUGAUCCAUGGCAACCGUGCCCUGUCCACGUUGGAUGUGGCAAUGCCACCUCACGGGGCCAAGCCGGGAGACGGCCCCACCCAGGGAACGGGCCCCGCGUCCAAACAGAGCUGCCCACGGCCCCGAGCAAACCUGCUUCUACUUGAAUUCCUCUACAAAGGACAAACUAGGAAAAAAAGUAUUUACUACACAUCAGGGACAACAUCAGGCUAAUUUCCUUAAUGGGUGAAGCCAAGAAGAAAAUGGGCAAAGAGCGAGGGAGUUCAGAGAAAAGGAAAAAUCCACGGCCCUUUAACUUAGGAAGAGAUUUUGCACUCGUGAAACACAGUGAGAUCCUCUUCACUGUCGGGCGGGCAAAGACCAAAACGCUGGUUAAGAUGGCACAGGGGAGCGAGUGGAGAAACGUGCCCUCAGAUGCCGUUUGUGGGGCCAACGUUGGUAAAAUGUGACCCUGUCUACCAAAUUCACCGGUGGACGUACCGCUUCACCCGGCAGUUCCUCUCGAGGAUAUCUGUCCUGUGGACACCAUUCUCUGUGUCGACGGCAUAUGAACACAGACGGUACAGCACCGGUCAAAAAGGCUACGGACCAGGAAACUAAAAAUGUCCACCAGCAAGUGAUGGCUUAAAGCCACAUGGGACGCUCGUACAAUGGAACAGUUCGCAGCUGCUGAAAAGAAUGAGGCAGCUCUACAAACACUAAGAAGGAAUAAUCUCCGAGGCUACAAAGUUGUGUGCGAGAAACAAGGUGUAAAACGACGUGUGUUAUAUAACGCAGUAUUUUUAAUAAAGGAUAUAUACCUGAA